AUGGUAGGCGUCGCUGGCCCUGCUGGCCCUGUGGGCAGUAGCCGUGUUCAAAAUGGCGAAACCCGUGUGCCCCAGACUCCCAUUUCAGGGACAUCACAGCCACCGAGCGGGAUGAGGACACCUACUGAUAUAAUGAGACAACGUCGAGAUCGAGAGGCUCGCCGCAAAGCGGAAAACGAGGCCCGAGAGAGGGAACAGCAGGAAAUGGAACGACAACAACUGGGGCAAGAACGACAAGCUCAAGCUCAAGCUGAGGCCCAAGCCCAGGCUCAGGCUCAACCCCAAGUCCAACAGUACGCUGCUGGUGUUGCCGCCGAAAAUCUCCCCCAACCAAGAACCAGAGCCCCACGACCACCAAGGGGCCCCGAAGGACAGUCCCAAACCAUGCCUGUUGCCUCGGGGCCACCAUCCGGUUACCGCCCCGCAGUAGAUGCUGCACCGAGUACUCGACUACCAGAAUACCAGAGUGUACCACUGACUGCCACGACUAGGCAAGUGCCUAACCAGUCACGACCGACACAAGCAACUGGUCAGCAGCCUCAACAGCUCCAGCGUGGUCGCUCGCAAAGUGCGGCGGAAAUCGGAGGUCAACCCAGACCCAGUGGGCUCUCCAAAUCGGCCCAGGCACUACCCGCAGGACAGCCUGGUGCUCCCCAAGCUCUUCGGCAGCCGAAACGAGUUGGGUUUCCACAUGCGUUUGAGCGAUGGGAAACGCUUUCUUCGCACUGGGAGGGUCUCACCAGUUACUGGAUGCGCAAGCUCGAGCAAAACAAUGAUGAUCUUGAGCGUGAUCCGAUUAGCCAGCAACUGGCUCGACAGAUUACAGACUUGUCCGCCGCUGGAGCCAAUCUAUUCCAUGCUGUGGUAGAACUGCAACGCCUACGAGCCUCCUCCGAACGGAAAUUCCAGCGUUGGUUUUUCGACACCCGUGCUGAACAAGAACGCUCGAAGGAAGUACAGGCAGACCUGGAACGCCAGCUCAAAGAAGAACGGCAAGGCCGAACCGAUGCAUUUUCUGCCGCCCAGCAAUCUGAAAAGGACAAAAUCAAGGCCGAGGAACUGCUGAAAGAGGUGCGCCGCGAACUCCACAUUUCAAAGGAGGAGGCACAGCGUGCCUGGGAGGAGCUUGGCCGUCGUGAACAAGAAGAGCGAGACCGAACCAACUCCUUGCGCAAUGGAGAGCCCACCCUCGUUGGAGGCGUUCAGGUUGUGCCCAUGGUUUCUGGCCUACCUAGUCGUCAUAACACCACUCGCCCGCAGACCCGGGAGGGCCCAUACCCGGGUGGACCGACAGCCACAACCGUGGGCACCGAUGCAUAUCAUGGCAAGUCUGCAGGAAGCGCAGCCGGACCAUACUAUAAAGACGGCACGCCGGUGUCCCCCACAGGGUCCAACACUUUCAUCGAACCCCAAAAGGUCGACCCCCCUACCUCAAAACCCCCCUACCCGACUUCACUCUAUGAGCAUGAAAACACGAGUGUCCCAUACCCUGGCCUCGCAACCUCAGAACCCGAUGCGCGCUCCUACGUUGGCAGCAGCGAAGCGGGUGACGAAGAAUAUGCCCACUUCUCCCACGACCAGCACGGCAGUUCGUUAAGCUACCCACCUGGGGCCCCCUCAGAGGGAAGCGAAGAGCCUGGCCACUCCCCACCAGGCGGUCUCCACAUGCCGGGCGGCGCGCACAGUUCUGCCGCCUCUUCCGCCCCUCCGUCUGCGCCCACCUCCACUGCAGACUACAGCGGCGCCGGCUGGGGUCCUGGCACUGGGUGGGAGUCCAUGACACCACGCCAUCGCCACCCCACGCGUCUAAGUGAUGUUCUUGAGGAAGACGAGCCUAGUCGCACGAAUCCCAGCCGUGCAAGUGUGGCAAGUCGCAGCUAG